AUGUGGAAGGCGAUCAAGGACGACAAAGGAAGAACGUACUAUUACGACACGGUCAAUAAGAAAUCGCAAUGGGAGAAACCUGCAGAAUUGGCGAAACCAGUCACUACGAGUCCAACAGAUCAAGAACCGGUUCUGCCUAAGGAUUGGAGAUCUGCCAAGACCAAAGAGGGAAAAGUUUACUAUUAUAAUGUACAGACUAAAAAAUCACAAUGGGAUAUACCUAAGGAAACUGAACCGAAGGUGCAACCGACAGUGACUCCGAAACAACAUGCUGCUACUACUGGCGUGAAGAAGGAAGUCUUUAUUGAAGGUGACUCCCAAUUUGGCAACAAAUCUGCACUUCUGACAGUUAGGACAGCCAGCAAAGAAGAUGCAGAACCACAGUUUAUAGCAAUGCUUCAGCAGAAUAAUGUGGAUGCUACAUGGUCGUUUAGUCGGAUUAUGAACGAAUUGGGGACGAAGGAUCCCAGGUACUGGCUUGUGGAUAACGAUCCACUAUGGAAACAGCAGAUGUUCAAUAAAUACCUGGAUAAUAGAACGGAGGAGCAAUUGUUGAAAGAACAUUCCGAGAUCAAUAAGUUUCAAGAAGCCUUCAAAGAAAUGUUGAAGGGGAAAUCCUUGGAGGUCAAUUACUCGACCAGUUGGAACGAUGCAAAGAGGCUCAUAUCUGACGAACCUAUAUAUAGUCAUUCUGUGGUCAGUGAGUUGGAGAAGAAGAGGUGUUACGAUGAGUACAUCCUAGAGUUACGUAAAGAAAAUGAACAGGAACACCAUAAACUCAAAGAACAAGCAUUGAUUGAAUUGCGAGACUAUUUGAAAAGUGUAAUACAUGUUGAACAGGAUGAUAUGCCUAUGUCGUGGCAAAAUCUAUGCAAUCAAUACCUUUUUGACAAAAAUAAAAGAUACAUGGCGAACCAACAUUUUUCAAUACUGACACACGAGGAUGUCCUCAAGGAAUACAUUAACUUGGUACAACAAAUAGAUGCUCGCAUAAUACAGGAUUUACAACAAGGGGAGAAAGAAAAUUAUUCUAGAGACAGAUACGCUCGUGACAAUUUUAAAAAGCUCUUGAAAGAAGGUAUACCGAAUCUUGUGGUUCGUGCUACAACGAAAUGGUCCGACAUAUACCCGUUGAUCAAAGGAGAGAGUGCAUUUUUGAACAUUGUGGGACGUAGAGGGUCUAAUCCAAUAGAUCUCUUUCUAGAUUUAGUAGAAGAAAAAUAUGUCAUAGUAUGUGGACUACGGUCGAUCGGCCAACAGGUACUCAUCGAUGCAUCAUUUGAAUGGCUGGCUCAAAACGAUAAAAACACAAGUGCAAUCACAAACAUAUUACGCCAGAAUGUACAGUUUGAUAGUGUUGACGAUACGGAUUUGGAGAUCGUGGUGAAGGAGAUCAUAAAGGCCAGGGAAGAUAUGCUAGAGGAACAGAGGGCAGAAGAAUUGUAUCUGGAGAGACAAGUGAAACAUAGGUUUAAGGAAAUGCUAACGAAACAUUAUACGCGGGCACAUACCACUCCUGCCACUAAAUGGGAAGAAUCACAGCAUCUCUUCAAGGACACUCCGGAAUAUUUGCAAUUGAAAGAUGACCAAGUUGGAGAGGCCAUCUAUAACGAAGUAUGCCAGACGCUCCGUGACCAGAAAGAGAACCCUCACACUGCAGACCCUCACACCAGAGGUACAAAAAGACCACUCCAGCCAACCAUUGCAUUAGACUAUUAG